AGUGGUAGCUAGCUAAUUGAUGCAUGCUACGUGUGCAUCUCUAACGACUGUAGCUUAGCCAGUAGUAGUUGCCACUUGUACGCGCACAUCCAGAGUUCCAGACCGAUGCAAAUGGCAGCCACCCAGCAGAGCAAGACGGCGACCAGGAGGUUCGGAUGGCUGUACGUGGCGCGGUGGGCGGUGGCAUCUGUGGUGACCGUGCUGGCCGUGGCGGUGAUCGUUCGGGCCGUGGUGGUGAUGCUCCGCCCGGAGAAGCUCCAGCUGAAGCUCGCCGGCGGCCGCGUGGCAGUCGACUGGAUCCCGUCGAUGCCUCCGCCGGGCAACGUCGUGGCGCUGAACUUCGUCCUCAGGGCCAACAACCCCAGCGGGCGCGCCUCCGUCGAGUACACCAACGUCACCGUCCGGCUCACGGACGUCACGAGCGCGUCGUCGUCGUCGCCGACGAAGAUCGCCGAGUUCGACCUGUCGCAGUCCAUCCCCGUGUCGCAGCGGACGGCGCACGAGGCGGUCGUGAGGGUGACGAUGACGCCGGGCGAGGACGUGCCGAUGCGGUACGUGCGGGCGCUCUUCGAGGGGCGCAGCGUCGACGGCGUGGAGAUGAUGCUGAGCGGGGUCUUCGCCAGCCACGUAACGACGAUGGCGAACGGGGAGGUCACGACCAAGGACCUCGCCACGUACUACUGCUGGCCGGUGACCAUCGCCGUCGGUGUCUCGUCGUCGUCCUCGUCACCGGACUACACCAGCGUCGUCGUCACCGACGCGCCGUGCCUGGACAAGUCGGAGGCCCCGGCCAUCGUGUGAACUGAGGCCAGCUCCGACGGUAGCUAGCUAGGAGCCUAGGACCUAGGUGAUGCCAUCCAUUGCCUCCCGCAUGGAUCAACCAAGCUACAUGCCUACCGAUCCAUCUAGCUAUCUGCAAUCUACUGUAUUUACUAAAUUAGUUUGUGGUAGAAUCGAUUGAUAAGGCAAGGAUGGCGAUUGAUAGUCGAUCCAUGGUUGCUGCUUGUAUGCCCUGUCACUGUCAGCGUGAGUUUAAUUUGAGA